AUGUGCAGCGCACGCUUAGCUCCAUUACCGAGAAUCCGUGGUACUACUUCAAAGUCCCGUUACUUGGAAGUGUCACUUGGUUGUGAAGCAGUUGAUAGAGUUAUUGGAGGUGGUAUGCCACUAUCUUCUCUUUUUAUUGUCGAUGAAGACAAAAGUCGGGCUUUUGCUCCUGUUCUUGCCAGAUAUUAUUGUGCUGAAGGUGUGUAUUGUGACCACUCUUUAUUCGUUGCAAGUUCUAGUCGUAACCCAUCAGAGCUGAUAGAAAAUUUACCAGAUCGGAUCACAGCUGCGGAAGAUAUGAUUCCGAAAGAUGAUAUUUCGUGCGAAGGGAAUGAGACGAUGAAAAUCGCAUGGAGAUAUACAAGUGUACCAAAACUAAAUUCGUCGCUCUGUGAUUCUCGUAAAACUUUACACUAUGAUUUAACAAAGAAAAUGGAUCCAAUUAAAUUCGAAGCUUAUAAGAUUUCGUUGUAUCCAAAGUCAGAUCAAGCUUGCUGCGGAUUCCCAAGUUAUAGUGAGCUCUAUCAGCGGAUACGACGGAACCUUACUGAAAACCAAUUUCUUAUGUCUGCAACAUCUACUCAAUUUAAUAUUCUGCGUAUAGUUGUAGAAGGUGUUGGAAGUCCUCUUUGGCAGGAUCCCGAGAAUGACUUAAAAUUUUUAGCUCACCUACGCUGCCUUUUAUGUUCGUAUUAUUCCGUUGCAAUGAUAAUUGUUAACACUAGUGGAAUGUCACAAGAACGAAAGAGCAGGUUAUAUGCUUACGGUGAUUUGUCAAUUCACUUGGAUGCAGUAGGUGAUAUCGAUGACAUAAAACAAUUUGAUGAUCGAUUUGAUGGUUAUUUCCGUUUGUUAAAACUACCAACAGUAUCUUCAAUCGCAACUCAUUGCCCAGUGAAUAGUGAUCUUGUCUUUGAACUUCAAAAGCGGAAAUUUGAUAUUAGAGUACUUCAUCUGCCCCCCUCUGUUGAAAAUGCUGAUGAUGGUAAAGAUCAUGAUAUUCCAUGCAAGCAAAUAUUAGAUGCAUUUUAA